AUGUCUUUUCGAUCCUCGUUAUCCAACGCGUUCGACACCUUGUCGCCAUGGACUUCCUCGAAGAAGUUCCGCAUCCUCGAACUCCCCGACGAACUCAUCACGUUGAUCAUCGAACAUGUCCGCGAACGCAAAACGCUCCGCCGCCUGGCUCGGACAUGCAGAAAGCUGCAACAUCUGGCGGAGGAGAUGUUGUAUCGUUGCCUCUUAGUUCGAUCAAGCUUGACUCUGAACGGACUGGAGCGCGCGUUGCGUGCGAAAGAUGCGCGAUUCAAAGCGGUUCAAUCCCUCGACGUUCCCUGUGAGAGUGCGCGGCCACCGAGCUUCGCCUCUCUCGCCCACAUUGCCAACGAAGCGACCAACAUGCGUGAAAUGAUGUGGGAAAGUCCCGAGUGUAACCACAAUGACUUCGAAAGCCUCGGCCCUUGGAAGGAAAUGACAGAUCCGCUGUUCGCGUUAUUCGAGAGAGCAGCUACCGUUCCUGGCCAUGGUUACAUCCGCGAUCCGCCUCUGCAGAGGCUCCAGAAGUUGACUCUCCAUCUCAACGGGCCCGAUUCGCCAUAUUGGCAAUUGGACCAAACCUCCAUCCACAUCUUCCUCCACCCAACACUCCGCCAGUUGCACAUCUCAUGUGUCAGCAUUGUCAAUGUCGAAGACUUCACGCGGCAGGGCCAACACUCCACUCCGCUUCAGCAUCUGACACUGGAGGAAUGCAACAUCACGCAUGAAGGCCUGGCUGGCAUCUUAUCCUUCCCCAUGGCGUUGGAGACUCUCCAUCUAGGCGAGAACUGCCACAACCUGAUCCACUUCAGGCAAAAUCCCCUGCCCGCAUACAGCAACCAUCUCUUCGAACGCGACUCGAAAUCGGCCGUCGAAGCCCUCCAACAACAGAAACACUCCCUCCGAUCUCUCACUUACAUCACCGCGCCCAUGUACUCCGAGCUCUCCGUAUUCCACCCCACCACCGCCAACCCAAUCGACGGCGCCUUCGCCGACUUUCACGCCCUCGAGAGCGUCAAACUCGUCGGCUUCUGCCCUUCCUUCGAACGCGCCCUCCUCGCCCUGCAAUCCCCCCCAAACCUCACCCACCUCGCCUUCAAAGCGAAAAAGAUGUUCCGCAAAGCCCAAAACGCCAAACCAGAAGACGUCUCCACCGUCACCGGCAUCCCCUUCCUCCGCGCGCCUUCAGCCUCCGUUCCGAAAAGCCUGAAGACGCUGGAGCUGACGUAUACCGCCGACUACGGACUCAUGGUCGUUGAUCUCGUCCACUCUGGAUCGCGCGAGAGGUCAUUUAUCCGCGAUGCGGCGAGGGCAACGGCGGGGAUGGGGAUUGCGCUUCGCGUGCUGGCGACGAGGAUUGAAGGCGACAAGCAUUUCUACCCUCCGUAUCUGUAUGGGGAAGCAGAAGCGGCAGAGGAUGUCGUAUUUGUUGAUGACGAUUUCACGGGGAUUUACAAAGCGAGCGAGAGGAGGUUGAGUCGCGUUACCCGAGCUCUAAUGAUCUUGAGAAGGAAUUCCGAUGAUGAAUGA